UUUAUAUAUCUUUUUUCUUUACUUACAAUUAAUUAUAUAAAAUAAAAUUGCAUUAUAUAUAGAACAGGAAUAAAAUUUUAAUCUCAUUUGAAAAAUUGCGGUCUUAAUGUUAUUGGCUAAUAAAUCAAUGUCACCGAUUUGGACCCACGCGCUCAUUGGUUAUGCGCAAGAGCACACCUUGUUUUCCUUCCACCAUGGGGGAGAUUAUGUUAUCUCGCGAGGACCGUGAGCCCCGGGACUGGCGAGCUGUUCAAAAAGUAGUAUCAGACAUGCUCCAACUGAUACGCAGGGAUCCGGAGAUACGGGAGAUUUUCCUUAACAGUAUAUGAACUAUUAUGUACAGGAUAGGGGAUUUAAAACAGUGCAUAGUAUUAAUGCUCUUGGUAGUGGCGACGUGGCGAUAUCUGCGAGAUCUCAAAUCGAAUUUAAAACCAUCAUCGGUUCUGAUGAGUCCCCCGUUGGAUACGAUACUAUUGGCAUCAGAACUAGGAACCUUGAGAACAAUCUUAAUAUUCUUGCCGUAUAUAGACAUCCUCGUGGCGUUGUGUACGCUCGAGAUUUGAAUGCACUACGACGACAUGUUGACAUCGGUGGAGACGCUAUUAUCUUGGGUGACUUUAACGUGCAUAAUACGUAUUGGAAUUGUGAUAUUACUAGCUCCGGUGGAGAAACGUUGUUGAAUGUGAUGCAGGAUUCCGGUUUCUUUUGUAUAAAUGUUGAUACCAAAUCAAGAGCGGGCGUAUGCGGGCAGCGUGAUUCUAAUAUCGACCUUCUUUUUGGUAAUGCAGAUCAUUAUUUUGAGUGGACAGGAUGGGUUCGUUCUCGUUGGAGAUUAUCACCUCUUGAACUACAGUGGUCGGAAACUGCUCUGCUUGAUUCAAAUUCCGAUCCAUGGAAGGAGAUGGAUCCACAAAAUAUGUCUCUUUACUUAUAACGUCUCUGGUUGGAGAAUCUUGAAAGAUGGUUUGCUGGAGCUUCUGGUUUCUUGCCUUGACAUUGUGAAUAUCAGAGUCAGAGCCAGAGUCAGAGUAACCCGACUACCUCUUUCAAUCCCACCCUUAGUGAUUUUUAAACUAAAUUUUAAUUUGAAUAUAUGAAUUCAGAUAUAUCACUGCAUGAGAGACCACUAGACAAUAACCUAUAUAAAUUUGAACAUAAGUUACUACUCCAAUAAUAUACAAAGUAACACUAUGAAAUUAUUAUUAACUAUUGUAUUCUCUUUUUGAGAAACAGAGUGACACUUCGGCUCAAAUAGAGUCCGGAUUCGAGGCACAAAACUACCAACCCGCCUGAGAGCAAGUUUACGCAUAUAUAUGUGAGUCAAUCGAUUGACAUUGUAGAAAAUAGAAUAAAUCUCUUCUUAAUUUAAUUUAAAAUGCAAAGUUACUAUAUACAAUUGUGGAAAAUAUAAAUAAUUAAUUAAUUAAUCUUAAUGAGUAUCCUUUCGUGUAAAACUUAUUGCUUAUCCACUAAGAAAACACCCAACAUAAACACAUAUUAAUUAUUAACGCCAUAUUAGACUCAAUGUAACACUCAAAGAUCCUGAACUUAGAUUCAAUGUAAUGAUGAACGGGUAUUGAGUGUAAAUAAGUUCGCUGAAAAGUAUUCUAUUUACCAAGCUAACUCCUUUGCCCCUUCAUUAUUUUAUUAUUUUUUUUCUUUUUAUAUAAAAUGUUUUUAUUUUUUUAUUUCAGAUAACUCAUCUUUAUACUAAAUUUCCAAAGUAAUAUACAAAUUAUUUAUCUAUUUGUCUACUUAUUGAGCGAUGAUGAAAAGUCUUUUAUCAUUUUAAUUAUAUAAUUUAAUUGUAUAUAAAAUUUGAUUAAUUAACAUUCAAAUUAUCACGAUUAAAAACAGAACAACAUAUAUAUAUAAAUAGGUAUAAAGUGUAAAUUCUUAUAAUAUUCGAUAAAUCACAUUAGAUCCACAGCAUAAGAAAACACAAUAUCACAGAUUGAGCAAUAUAUCUCAGGUACGAUUUCAGUCAGGUAGGAAAUUGAGAUUAUAUCAAACAUUCAUUUCAAUUUCCUUAGCAUCACAUAUAAUUUAUAUAAAUCAAAUAUUAUUAUGACCAGGAAGAACAUCGAGCGUGUAUAAAAUUAAAGCCAAACUACGUUCAUAAUUACAAUGUACGUUUUAAUACAAAAGAGAUAAUUUUUUUUUUUAAUUAUUCCAUAUCAAAUUUGUACGAGUGGUUAUAACAGAUCUGAGUUCAUUAUUAUUAAAA